AUGGACGUUGCUGGUCAGGCUCCUGACGUCUCCGUGGAGCCCCGGGCUGCUACUGUGCGCCAAGGGGAGUCGGCCAGCUUUAGAUGCCAGGUGCAGAGAGGUGCCCAGCCAAUCCAACUGGUGUGGAAGAAAGCCAAUAACCAAGCAUUACCAGACAAUGUGAAGACGGGUCCUGAUGGCUCUGUGCUGACGGUUGCCAACGCUGGACCUGAAAACCAAGGCCAGUAUCGCUGCGUGGCCUCCAACUCUGUAGGCCGCGGCAGUGCCUCGGCUGUGCUGAACAUCAAACAUGCUCCUCAAGUGCGGCUGACACCUGUAGGGCCCCUGCGAGUCAGGAUGGGUGAACCUGUCUCGGUGGAGUGUCGCGCCACAGGCAGGCCACGGCCCACGCUUUCCUGGAAACGCCAAGGCUCCACCCUGCAGCUGGUAACCAAGGAGACAAAUGAUGUCAACACUAUACAGUGGCCUGUAGUGCGUCCAGAGGACUCAGGAGUUUAUAUUUGCCAGGCUGAAAACAAUGAGGGUGUGGCAAAGGUCAAAGUGGAGGUCAUUGUUGUGGGGCAGCCGGGCGCACCAGUGGCUUCAGUGGAGGCGACAGAAAUGACAGUGGUGGAGGGACAUACAAUCACAAUGGCGUGUCAGGCCAGUGGUUCCCCUCCUCCGGUCAUCACCUGGUCCAAGCUGCGAGCACCGUUGCCAUGGAAACACUCAAUGGUUGGUGGAGUUUUGACACUGACCAGCGUGGGGCGCCAAGAUUCAGGCCAAUACAUCUGUAAUGCAACCAACAUACAUGGCUACAGUGAAGCGUACACGCAGAUGGAGGUGGAGAGUCCUCCAUACGCCACCUGCCUGCCGGACCAGGUGAGGCUCCAGCCUGGGGAUGCGCUGCACGUUCAGUGCCUUUCCCACGGCUCUCAUCCCCUUCAGUUUGAGUGGAGCCGGGGUGAGAGGGUGAGUCUGCCUCCAGGAGCAGAGACCACGAAGGAUGGAAGGCUGCGCAUCGCCCACGUUAAACUCAGCGACAGCGGGACGUACAAAUGUGUGGCCACCAACCACAUUGGCUCCAGUGAGGCGCUGGCCAAAGUCAUCAUAAAACCUUAA